UGGAGGGGGAGCUAGGGGGAAGGGUGAAGUUCAGAGUUAAUUAAUGACGAAGUCCACAGCGCAACAGGUUCAGAUUAGGGAAGCGAAUGGGAAUAAUGUUGUAAUGAAGACUAAAACGAAGCGAACUCGGAGGAGUGUUCCGAGAGAUUCUCCGCCUCAACGGAGCUCCAUUUAUCGCGGCGUUACUAGGCAUCGUUGGACGGGGAGAUAUGAAGCUCAUUUGUGGGAUAAGAAUUGCUGGAAUGAAUCGCAGAACAAGAAAGGAAGACAAGUUUAUCUUGGUGCAUACGAUGACGAGGAAGCAGCAGCCCACGCUUACGACCUUGCAGCACUAAAAUAUUGGGGCCAAGAAACCAUUCUUAAUUUUCCGCUAACUACGUACCAAAAAGAGCUGAAGGAAAUGGAGGGCCAAUCAAGAGAAGAAUACAUCGGGUCGUUGAGAAGAAAAAGCAGUGGGUUUUCUCGGGGGGUUUCUAAAUACAGAGGCGUUGCUAGACACCAUCACAAUGGUAGAUGGGAAGCUCGGAUUGGUAGAGUGUUUGGCAACAAGUAUCUCUAUCUUGGAACAUAUGCGACGCAAGAAGAAGCAGCUACGGCGUACGAUAUCGCAGCCAUAGAAUACCGUGGACUUAACGCCGUUACCAAUUUUGACCUAAGCCGUUACAUCAAAUGGCUAAAACCGAGCAACGACGUCGUUUACGACAACAACCGCAUCCUAACCGUCGAUUCCAUCCUCCCAAGCCCUAAGCAAGAACUCGACCUAGGCCUCUUCCCACCGGACCAAAACCAAAGCAGCACCGAUUCAGCGACGCCUGAACCAAUCGCCUUACCGCCGUCGCGCCGAUCGACCACCUCCACCACCACCACCACCACCACCUCAGCUCUCGGCCUCCUCCUCCAAUCCUCCAAGUUUAAGGAAAUGAUGGAGAUGAACUCAGCGGCGGAAUGUCCUUCGACGCCGUCGUCAUCGGAGCAGCUCGAACGGCGGCGGUGUUUGUUUCCCGACGAUGUUCAGACUUUCUUUGCGUGUGAGACAUCGGGAUCUUACUGCUAUGGAGAAGCGGAUGAUGCAAUGUUUAGCGACUUCAAUUCUUUCGUUCCGCCGCCGCUAUCGCAUUACGAUUUCGCCGAUUAGAAGGAAUCUGAUGAUGAGAAUAAUUAAUUAAUUGUCUGGAACAUUCGUUUUAGAUUUAGAUUGAGGACUUUUUAGCAUCUGUUGAUUAUAAAUAUAUACAUUAUUUUUAAUUUUUUUUAAUUUGACGAAAGAUUGAUAUACUGAUCCAUUUGUGGUUAUGAUUCAUGUCCAGUGGCUACAAACUGUAUUCAACUUUGUGCUAACCGCUUGUUAUCUAAUAUAAAUAAUUCUCCCCUUUCUUCUUAUCA